UAUUGGUGGUGUGUACUGUGCGUGCAGAAAUUUCGUCCAUAAACGCUGCAGACUACACCCACUAUAUAGUUAUGCUUCAAAAGUUUGGUGUUAAACCCUAUUCGCAGCUAUAUAUGCAUAUCUGAUAUCAUCAUCUGAGUGGUAGUAUCAAGCUUAAAGGCUAUAUAAAUGGAAGAUAAAAUUGUGAUAAAUGAAUUGCUGCAAGAUGAGGAAAAGCCAUCAUCUGAUAAUACUAUGGGAUCUACUCUCCUCAGCUUGAGCCUGAAUAACUCAGGACAAUCCCUUAACCAAAUGGGGAUGCUGCGAAUCAAGCUUGAGGAAGCAAAGAAAGAGAAUGAAAUCUUAAAGGCUAUGCUGAAUCAGGUUAAUGAACACUGCACUACUCUUCAGAAUCGCAUACUUUUUGAGAUGCAGCAGCAUCAACUAUCAGCUUCAUCAUCAUCACCUCGCAAUAAUAAUAAUCAUCAUGACUCGCAGGGAAAUAAACAAGAUGCCGAGAAACCAAUGCUACACACUCGGCAGUUUUUGAAUAUUGGCGAGUCUUCAAUUUUAGACGGCAACACAAAAGCAUGUGCAAUAGCAGAAAACGUUGAAAAGAAGAUAUUAGGCAAAAACCUUGCAAGUGAUAUUAAUAAGUACAAUGUUAAAGGUGAAAUCAACAGUCAAAUAACAUUGAAUGAAGUAAAAAGCACAGAAGAUCAAGCAUCUGAGGUUACUUGCAGGAGAGCUAGAGUGUCCAUAAGAGCACGAUCAGAUUUUUCUUUGAUGGGCGAUGGGUGUCAAUGGAGAAAGUACGGACAAAAGACAGCGAAAGGCAACCCUUGUCCUCGAGCCUACUACCGUUGCAGCAUGGGAACUGCAUGCCCAGUUCGUAAGCAUGUGCAAAGGUGUUUUAAGGAUGAGACUAUUCUCAUCACAACCUAUGAAGGGAACCACAACCAUCCACUCCCACCAGCAGCAAGACCCUUGGCAAGCUCAACAUCAGCUGCACUGAACAUGUUCCUUUCUGGCUCAAUCACAAGCUCACAUUGCACCACUACUCUCUCAAACUCACCCCUCUUCUCUUCAUCACCAUCCACUAUUUCCCCAAGUACUGCUGUGGCCACUUUCUCCCACAAUGCAACAUGCCCCACAGUAACACUGGACCUAACCCAGCCCAACAACUAUCUCCAAUUCCAAAGAGCCACCACUUCUUCACAAGACCGCCAUACACCAUCAUUUUUCCCUCUUCCAUUGCAUGGAAACCCUCAAAAUUAUUCUGAGGAUUUGAUGCACUUGUGGUAUAGGGUUCCACUUCCAACCAUGUUAGCCCCAGAGAAUAAAAACCUUGCCCUAGUGGAUGUUGUCAGUGAGGCUAUAACCAAAGAUCCUUCUCUCAAAGCAGCAUUGUUUUCAGCCAUUUCCUCACUCACUGAAGAUCCUGAUCAGAAGAACAACAUCAAUAACCAAAGCCAACUUAGUAAGAGUAGUGGUGGUUAUGACCCUUGUUCUAAGGUGCCUGCAAUAAUACCACCUCAUCAGCCUUGCACUACUCAGUUGAUUUAGUUGUUCUUUUUUAGAGGAAUUUGAUUUAGAGUUAAACAUAUAUAUAUAUAUAUAUAUAUAUAUAAUAAAUCAAAUGGAGAAUGUGGCAAUUGCUUGUCCCAAGAAGAGGUGAGCAAGUAUAUGUUAUAUCAUAUGUGUGUGUGAGAGAGAGAGAGGUAAGUUUUAUGAAGAAAUCUACGUGAAAUAUUCACUCCACGGAAAACAUCCAUUGUAACACUGGCUUUCGUUAGCCGUUCCUUUGUAAAAUAAAUUAAUGAACACAUAUAUACUAAAGUUUUGGCCCUUGUAA